AUGGAGACAAGUGACGGCAAACGAAACAGAAAGCUGGUUGAUGCAGUAGAUGAACGCAAAUCUAGUGGAAGUGGGAGCUAUUUUUUGAAUAGUGUCAGGCCUGUGCAGAAUCUGUGUUUGGAAAUAUCAUCUUACCUGCGAUUCCAAGAAAUUUCAUUCCUUUUAUCACGCAAUUUACUUUUUCUUAUUUCCAUCCAUUUUUUCCUUUUUUUUUUUUGA